GUUGUCUCACUCUAUAUGUUUUGUAAAGAAUAUGCAUUUCUUUCUCUUUCAGGAGUGUUGCCUCCCGCUAGUCAGGCAGGGUGGAGAGGGGGCCACACAGAAUCCAGUGACACCUCAGCUCAAGGUGGUCAUCCUGUAUUUAAUGAAUUGUUGUGCGGUGACGGUGGUUACGGGGGGAAGAAGGCGGUACCCACGCCUUGUCCAGUGUGCGGCAAAGUACUCUCCAACGCUUACAAUAUGCGCGUUCACCUGGAGACACACCAGAACAUCACAUACAAGUGCAUCAUCUGUGGCAUCAUAACACGCACACGUGACACCAUGAGGAAGCAUCUUUCCAACGUUCACAAGCUGCGUAAUGUAGAGCUCAAGAACUCUUUCAAGAAGAUUACUGGCAAGCAGCAAUCCAGCAGUGGCUCUGCCGACAGCACUUCCCCCAAUACAACAUCUGCAGCCACCACACCAACCAAAAGUGCCACCACUAAACUAGCUUCCCCUUCCUCUGACCUGAAGCUGUCAGGCAUUGCCAGCCCUCUACCUGAGGCAGAUCUUGGCCACAGUUCAUUUUCUGGCAUGGACAACUUGGGGGCCCUAAAUUUGGCAAAGGGCAAUAAUCUGGCAUCUAUAGUUAGCAAAUUGAGUCAGAAACAGUGAAGUUUCGUGAAGAACUGAGGCAGAUAAACUGCUUUUUUAUGUAUUUAUAAAGGAUGGCCGCCAGUUGCAAAGAGUCCAAAGAAACAUUUUCUUAGGAUUGCGUGUCAAAUUGCAUUGAAGUCAGUCACGCUUUCCAAGUUCGCACUUCCUAGUCCAUUUGUAGGGCAGUCAGUCAAGGACAAAGCUUGCUAUGGCAACUU